UCCCAGACGAUGAUACUCUACAUAUGGCUCGCCGCAAUCAUAGCAGCAUUAUACCUGUACUGCCAACAGCUCUACUCUCGGUUCAGUCAGUAUGGGGUCAAACAUAAGAAGACGAUCCCACUGCUGGGUAACAUGGCGUCCAUUGUGUUCAGACGGAAGCAUUUGGUGGAGUUCUUUGCAGAAUUGUAUAGUGAGCAUCCGAAAGAAAGAUUUGUGGGUAGAUACGAGUUCACCAAGCCCCUGCUGGUUGUCAGAGACCUGGAACUGCUGAAGAAGAUUGCCGUUAAGGAUUUCGAGUACUUCCUGGAUCACGCUUUAUCAGUCAACACUGAUAUCGACCCACUCUUUGGAAGGACCUUGUUUACAUUGAAAGGUCAAGAAUGGAAAGACAUGCGGUCAACGUUGAGUCCAGCGUUCACCAGCUCCAAGAUGAGGCACAUGGUGCCGUUCAUCGUGGAGGUGGGAGACCAGAUGAUGGAAGGGGACGCGAUAAUAAAUAUACAAGAUGAGACAGGAACGUGGCAUCCUGCGCGUGUCUUGUUGGACAAUGGAAGUGAAAUCCAUAUGGUUGCUCACAGGCUUCUCAAGAGGAUGAACAGUAAGCUUUAUCACGAUAACCACCAUAUAUUCGGCGUUGGCGUGACAGCAUGCCGGACUCUGCGCAUGUUGGCUGGACAACAUAAAGAAGAAUAUCCAGAAGCCGCCGACAUAAUCGAGUCUGAAUGUUACAUGGACGACUUCCUAUCUGGAGCGGACACUCUUGACCAGGCGCAACGAGUUUGUAGUCAACUCAUAGAAGUUUUACAGAAGGGAAACUUCGUUCUACACAAAUGGACUACAAACGACCCGCAAAUACUUACAAAUGCUAUUCCUACAAAUGAUGACACUGACACAUAUGAUUUUACCCCUAGCGCAGCUGUCAAGACGUUGGGAGUGAAGUGGUUACCACAAAGCGACGCGCUUACUACAGCUAUUCCAGAGCUACAACAGUUCGAGCUUACUAAACGGAAUAUACUGUCUGCAAUAGCAAAAAUAUAUGAUCCUAUUGGCAUACUAGCGCCAACGGUCAUUAUAGCGAAGAUCCUCAUGCAAGACAUUUGGAAAGCCAAGAUAGAUUGGGACAUGGUCAUUCCAGAAGACCUACAAAGAACUUGGCUAGAGUUUCAAGCUAAUUUACCCGAGCUCAAAAACAUUAAAGUCCCUAGAUAUUAUUUCUCAGAUAUACCAACAUGGAUAACCUUGAUAGGGUUCAGUGAUGCUUCUGUGAAAGCCUUCGGUGCUGUUGUUUAUUUCAGAGCUACAUAUCCUAACAAAGAACCCACCUACGAUCACAUAGACGUGGACUGUCGAGCACUCGCAACUCGCUACGCCAAUGACGUCAUAGCGUCCUGUGCGUUUGGACUGCGAGUCGACUCCCACUCCGAGCCCAAUAACGAGUUCUACAAGAUGGGCUACGUGGCUUCUAACUUCACCUUCUGGCAGAUGCUCAAGUUCUUUGGCCACUCGGCGUUCCCAAGGCUAAUGAAGAAAUUCGGUCUUGCCAUUUUCUCGGGCAGCACUCGUGCGUUCUUCAACCAUCUGGUGAUGGACACUAUGAGGGACCGUGAAGAACACAGCAUCGUUCGACCAGACAUGAUCCAUCUCCUUAUGGAAGCCAAGAAGGGUCGACUCACUCACGACGAGAGCUCGGGUCAAGAUGCUGAUGCCGGAUUUGCGACUGUUGAAGAGUCUGAUGUUGGGAAGAAAUCUGUGAAUCGAGCCUGGACAGACACAGAUCUGACCGCUCAAGCAGUCAUCUUCUUCCUCGCCGGCUUCGAGACCGUCUCCACAGCCAUGACCUUCCUCAUGUAUGAGCUGGCCCUCAACCCUGAGGUCCAGGAGAAACUGGCGAAGGAGAUCAGAGAGCAGGAGAAGAGCGGCAGGUUCGAUUACGGGUCUGUGCAGAGGAUGACUUACCUGGAUAUGGUGGUUUCAGAAUCAUUGCGGCGCUGGCCGGCAGCAAUAGCGACUGACAGACUUUGCAUCAAGGAUUACAAUUUGGGAAAAUCAAACGACGAAGCUACAACCGAUUACAUAAUGAAGGCCGGCGAAAGCCUCAACAUCCCCAUAACGGCGUUCCACCACGACCCUCAAUACUUCCCGGAUCCCUUAAAGUUUGAUCCAGAGCGAUUCUCCGAAGAAAACAAGCACAAAAUUAAACCUUCGACGUACAUGCCUUUUGGGAUGGGACCAAGAAACUGUAUUGGCUCCCGUUUCGCCUUGUGCGAGAUGAAAGUGAUGAUCUACCAGCUCUUGCUGCACGUGGAACUUUCCCCUUGCGAGAGAACACCCAUCCCUGCCCAGCUCACUACAGACACCUUCAACCUAAGGCUAAAGGGGGGACAUUACCUGCGGAUGAAACUUAGGACAAUGAUAUUCCUUAUCUGGCUGGUGGCCAUCUUGGCAGCAGUGUUGCUGUACUGCCGUCAGUCAUACUCCAGGUUCAGCAAACAUGGCGUCAAGCAUCUACCCCCAGUACCCCUGCUGGGAGACAUGGCGAGGGUGUUCUUUCGUAGGGAGCAUUUCUUUGAGAACGCCAAGAGGAUUUAUGAUAGCUUCCCUGGAGAGAGAUUCGUAGGCCACGUGGAAUUCGUAAAACCCACGGUGUUACUCCGUGACCUCGAGCUGGUGAAGCGUAUCACAGUGAAAGACUUCGAGUACUUCCUCGACCACGCCGUGGUUGUUGACAAAACUAUCGACCCUUUGUUCGGGAGGAACCUGUUUGCCCUGAAAGGUCAGGAAUGGAAAGACAUGCGGUCGACCCUAAGCCCGGCCUUCACCAGUUCCAAGAUAAAGCUGAUGGUGCCAUUCAUGGAAGAGGCUGGGGAAAAUAUGACCAUUAGACUGAAGAGAGAAAUACAGGAGUCUGGGAAAAACUACGCCGACGUCGAAUUCAAAGACGUGUGCAACCGCUACGCCAACGAUGUCAUCGCGUCUUGCGCCUUCGGGCUGAAGGUGGACUCGCAGAACAACGAAACAGAAUUCUACAAGAUGGGGAAGGUGGCUUCACAGUUAACCUUCGUUCAGAUGCUCAAGUUCAUGGGGUUUCAGUGCAUCCCUACAAUUAUGAAGUUCUUGAAAAUGACACUCUUCACGGCGUCAACUCAGAGUUUCUUUAGGCAGCUGGUGACACAGACGAUGAGAGAGCGGGAAACAAACAACGUCAUACGGCCGGAUAUCCUCCAUCUGCUCAUGGAGGUCAAGAAAGGAAAUCUUAAACCUGAGGAGGAUAACACAGCCAGUGAUGCUGGGUUUGCGACCGUAGAAGAGUCUAACGUGGGAAACGUAGCAACCACAAAAACUGUCUGGACUGAUGAUGACCUGAUCGCUCAAGCAGUCAUCUUCUUCGUGGCUGGCUUCGAAGGCGUUGCCCAAGCCAUGACCUUCCUAGUCUAUGAGCUGGCUCUCAACCCAGAGGUCCAGGAUAAGCUGGUGCAAGAGAUUAUGCAGAAUGAGAAGAGGAAUGGAGGGAAGUUUAACUACACGUCUGUGCAAGAGAUGACGUAUUUAGAUAUGGUCGUUUCAGAACUGUUAAGAAUGUGGACAACAGGCAUCGCUCUUGAGAGGGUGUGCACAAAAGACUACAACCUUGGAAGGCCGAAUGAUAAAGCUACUAAAGAUUACAUAAUCCGCAAGGGAGAAGGAGUGAAGAUUCCCAUUUGCGCUUUUCACCUCGACCCUCAGUACUUCCCUGAGCCCCACAAGUUUGACCCGGAGCGCUUUUCGCCUGAGAACCGCCACAAAAUUCAUCCCUUUUCUUUCAACCCUUUUGGAUGCGGCCCGAGGAACUGUAUAGCUUCCCGAUUCGCCCUCUGCGAGGUAAAGGUGUUAAUCUACCAGGUACUCAAGAAUAUGGAAGUGUCGCCAUGCGAGAAGACCGUCAUUCCUAUCCAGCUGGAUAAGUCCUCCUUCAACCUGAUUAUGAAGGGAGGACACUGGAUUCGUGUGAAGACUAGGGGAACCAUGUUACUCUACAUAUGGAUCGCAGCUCUGGUAGCAGCAGUAUACCUGUACUGCCGACAGGUAUACUCAAGAUUCAGCAAGUAUGGUGUCAAGCACUUGAAGCCGGUACCCCUGAUGGGGAACAUGAGUCCUGUCAUAUUCAGAACUCAGCAUUUUAUUGAUUUGAUUUGUGAGCUGUAUAACAAGUUCCCUGAAGAAAGGUAUGUAGGAAACUUUGAAUUCAUAAAACCGACGGUAUGCCUAAGAGAUAUCGACCUGAUCAAGAAGAUCACCGUUAAGGACUUCGAGUACUUCCUCGACCAUCGCGUAUUGGUCAGUCCAGAAACUGACCCGUUAUUUGGCAGGAACUUGUUCUCUCUAAAAGGUCAAGAAUGGAAGGACAUGCGGUCAACUUUAAGCCCAGCGUUCACGAGCUCCAAGAUGAAGCACAUGCUGCCAUUCAUUGUCGAGGUGGGCAACCAGAUGGUCAUCUCACUGGACCAGCAGUUGAAGGAAUCGAAAAAUAAUUACAUAGACAUCGAAGUCAAAGACCUGUCAACGCACUACGCUAAUGAUGUGAUAGCGUCCAGCGCCUUCGGCCUAAAAGUCGACUCCUACUCAGAGCCAGACAAUGAGUUUCACAAAAUGGGACAGAAAACUACUAACUUUGGCUUCGCAGCAAUUCUAAAGUUUUUCGGAUUUGCGUCAUUUCCUCGCCUCAUGAAGCUAAUGAACAUAAACCUCUUCCCGGCUGAUGUGACGGAUUUCUUCAAGCACUUGGUACUCAGCACGAUGAGGGAUCGUGAAGAGCACAAUAUUCUUCGACCAGAUAUGAUACAUUUACUUAUGGAGGCUAAGAAAGGUCGACUAGUUCACGAAGUUUCUACCAAAGAUGAUGAUGCUGGGUUUGCUACAGUGGAAGAGUCUAAUGUCGGCAAAAAGAAAAUUAACAGAGAUUGGACAGACGAAGACCUAAUCGCGCAGGCAGUCCUCUUCUUCGUCGCCGGUUUUGAGACUGUCUCCACGACCAUGACCUUCCUCCUUUACCAGCUAGCCCUCAACCCUGAGGUCCAAGAGAAACUGGCAGAGGAAGUAAGAGAACAUGAGAAAAGGAGUGGCGGAAAAUUUGAUUACAACUCCAUUCAGUGCAUGGGUUAUUUGGAUAUGGUGGUGUCGGAAUCUUUGAGACUUUGGCCUCCAGCUAUUGCAACAGAUCGAGUUUGUACGAAGGACUACAAUUUAGGCAGACCCAACGACAGCGCUACUCAAGACUUUAUUUUGAGAAAUGGUGACUGCAUCAACGUACCAAUAGUGGCAAUUCAUCGUGACCCGAAAUACUUUCCGAACCCCAUGAAGUUUGAUCCUGAGCGCUUCUCUGAGGAGAACAAGCAUGAUAUUCAACCCUCCACUUACUUACCUUUUGGGCUGGGCCCAAGAAACUGCAUUGGGUCCCGCUUCGCGCUGUGCGAAGUGAAGGUGAUGGUAUACCAGCUCGUUCAGCACUACGAGCUGAUGCCGUGCGAGCGGACUACCAUCCCCUGUGAACUGGCCAAGGAUAACUUAAACCUGAGGAUCAAAGGCGGGCACUGGUUGAGGCUCAAAUUGAGGGCUUAG